CAAACAAAAAAAUGGGUACCCUUUCUCCGUCGGAUCUCCGACAAAACUCAUCGGAAAAAGUGGUGGUGGUAAUGGUUCCUUUCCCAGCCCAAGGCCAUCUUAACCAACUUCUCCACCUCUCCCGUCUCAUAACCAACCACGGCCUCCCCGUUCAUUACGUAACCACCGCCACCCACAGCCGCCAAGCCAAAAUCCGAGUUCACGGAUGGGACCCACUGACCGCAACCAAUAUCCAUUUUCAUGAACUAUCAUCACUCCCUUCAUUUCUUUCUCCGCCACCAAACCCUAAUAAAAAUGAAAACUUUCCAACCCAUCUUCAACCUUCAUUCAACGCAUCAACACUCCUCCGCCGCCCAGUUGCAGACCUUCUCCGAUCACUCUCAAAUGUUUACGACCGUGUCAUCGUAAUCCACGACUCACUUAUGUCUUACGUUGUUCAGGAUUUCAUUUCAUUACCCAAUGCAGAAUCUUACGCUUUUCAUAGCGUUUCAGCUUGUACUCUGUUUUUCUUCAUAUGGGAGAGGAUGGGGAAACCGUUUGGGAUUGAAUCGGAUUUCAUUAAGGAUUUGCCGUCUAUCGAUGGCUGUUUCUCGUUGGAAUUCGUGAAAUUUGUUCAUGCCCAGCAUGAAUAUACUAAAUUCAGUACUGGGAAAAUCUAUAACACUAGUUACGUUAUAGAAAAACCCUUUCUUGAUUUCCUUGCUAGAGAUGAGAUUAGUAAAGGGAAGACACAAUGGGCGCUCGGUCCGUUUAAUCCGAUCACGGCGGAGGAACAGAGCGUGCACGACAGCUUAAAAUGGUUAGACAAACAGGAUGAAAAUUCGAUUCUUUAUAUCUCAUUCGGGACGACGACUUCGUUUACAGAAGAACAGAUCAGGGAAAUCGCGACUGGAUUGGAUAAAAUGAAGCAGAAAUUCAUCUGGGUUUUGAGAGAAGCCGACAGAGGCGAUAUCUUCGAGGUGGACAUAGUAAACUCCGUCAAUAGAUCGGAGAAGAUGAUUGAAAAUGCUGCGAGUGGUGGAAAUGGGUUGAUUGUGAGAGAUUGGGCGCCGCAAUUGGAGAUUUUGAAACAUCCGGCGACUGGUGGGUUCUUGAGUCACUGUGGAUGGAAUUCUUGCAUGGAAAGUAUUUCGAUGGGUGUUCCGAUUGCGGCGUGGCCGAUGCAUUCGGAUCAACCGAGGAAUGCUUUUUUGGUUUCGAAGAUUCUUGGAAUCGGUUUAGUUGUGAGAGAUUGGGAUAAGAGAGAUGAAUUGGUUAGUUCGGAGAUUGUGAAGAUGGCGGUGAAAAGACUGAUGGGUUCCAAGGAAGGUGAUGAGAUGAGGCGGAGAGCGGCGGAGAUGGGCGGCAAACUCCGGCGGUCUGUGGAUGAAGGUGGUGAUGGAAUUGGAACAGCUCAAUUGGAUUCUUUUGUUGCUCAUAUCACAAGGUAG